AUGGACACGCAGAUCAGCGAUGCCAACGUGUUCGAUAGGAAGGAGAAGCUGUGUAGAUCGCCAAUAUUGAAGGAGGUAGUCGCACAAAUGUUUAGCGGCAACACACAGCAGCAGAUAACCCCAAAAGGGCAAGGCUCGAUGCUAAACUUCACUACGCCCAUCCCGAAGUCAAAAGAGGACAGCCAACAGACGAACAAGCUGCGAGCUGCCAAAGAAAAACUCCUGAAGCUGAUUGAGUUCAUGAAGGAGAGAAGUAACAUCCAUGGUGAGAUCAAGAAGCAAGCAGCACGGACCUUAACGGCGGUGAUAGAGGCAGAAAUGGAGCAGGAGGCCUUGAUUAAGAGAGUUGUAGUCGCCGAGGAGGCCCUGGCAGAGAAGGAAGUGGUGCAUGCGGCGUUAAUAAGGAGGGCUGUAAUUGCGGAGGAGGCCCUGGCAGCGACGAUCCUGGAUCAGGCGGUGUCGAGAGCCCCGCGCACAGAAAAGCGGGAUCGGGAAUCGCCAGGAGAUAAGGUAAGCUCAAAAAAGCGGAAGGAUGAGCUGAACGGCGACCACGAAGAGCAAAAUGAAAACAGAGCGGAGGAGCAGUGCGACACGGAGCAGGGUGAGGCUAGCGGCUGGCGAACCAUUCCUAAGCAGAAGGAGGAGAGUGAGAACAAGAAAAAAAUGAAAGAAGAUCGGCAGAAGCAGUUGCAGAGGGACAUGCCGGCAGAACGCGAAGAAGCGGAAAAAAAGGCGAAGAAUAGGGCGAGACCCCAACCUCGCCGGAUCCGGAGCAGAGGCGAUGCUCUGAUUGUUGGAGUGAAGGGCGAGAAGAUGACGUAUGCCGAUCUCCUCAAGAGAAUGAGGGACGACCCGAAGCUGAAAGAGUUAGGGGAAAAGGUCGUGAAAACCCGGAGAACCCAGAGCGGCGAGUUGCUCUUCGAGCUCAAGAGAGACCCGGAGGUGAAGAGCGCGGCUUUCAAGGCGCUAGUCGAGACAGCGCUCGGUAGCGAAGCUCAAGUAAAAGCUUUGUCUCAGGAGACGAUCGUUGAAGCGAAAAACCUGGACGAGGUCACAACAGAGAGUGAGGUGAAAGCCGUGCUAACAAGAGCGGAAUACCUGGGCGACGUUCCAAUGUCUAUUCGGCUGCGGAAGGCAUACGACAGUACGCAGACGGCGUCGAUUCGUCUACCUAUCGAGGCGGCAAACCGGCUUCUGAAGGUGGACAGAGUCAAAAUUGGAUGGGCGGUGGUUAGCUUUAGAGCCAUCCCACGUGAACCCAAAGAAAUGGCGAGAUGCUUUAAAUGCAUGGACUUUGGUCACCAGGCGAGGAAUUGUCCGGGACCUGACAGAUCGAAGCUGUGCCGGAAAUGCGGCAAUGAGGGGCACGUUGUGAAGGACUGCAAUAAGCAACCGAGGUGUAUGUUGUGCAAGGAAGACAACGACCACGUGACGGGAGGCUUUAAAUGCCUGGUGUACCAGAAGGCAAAGGCAGCCCUACAAUAA